AUGGCUGACCCAAAAACAAAGAAAAUUGGUACUAGAGCUUACCUUCAAUGGACUCCUGAGAUGGACACGGCAUUGUUGGACACCCUUGUUGAGCAUCACAACAAUGGAGACACUGCUCAAAAUGGUUGGAAGCCACAUACAUACACUGCUUGCAUUAAGCAUGUGAAGGAGACAUGUGGUGUUGACAUCACAAAGGAUAAAAUCCAGGCAAGAAUUAAAACAUUUGACAAGCAUUAUGAGAUCAUUAGCAAGAUGCUUGCUCAGAGUGGUUUUGGAUGGGAUUCGGAAAAAAACAUGGUGGAGGUUUAUAGUGAUGAAGUGUGGUCUCGUUAUGUUGAGGCCAACAAAGAAGCAGCUGGCUACAGGAACAAGGUGGUGACGAAUUGGCUUGCUAUCCAGACUAUAUAUUCAAAAGACCAUGCAACUGGUGUAGGUGCUACAACAGCAGCUGAGUCUGUUCAAGAACAAUUCACACCAGUUCCUGGAGAAUCUCCAGAAGUACCUCAGAAAAGGCAACGCACCGGGGAAGCUAUCUUGUGCAUGAUGGGAGAAAUGAGGACAUCUUUUGAUGAAGCUUUGAAAGCAACCGAGCCACUUCCUAUGCCAAAGGUGACUCCUCCAACUGAAAUCUAUGAUGCACUCAAGAAGUUAAACUUGGAGGAAUCAGAUCUGCUGAGAGCUUAUGGGAAGUUGAUCAUCAAUGAACGUUUAUUUGAAGCACUGAAGGCGCUCCCCGAGGAAAUUAAGAAGCCAUGGCUCUUGUCCUUGCCUUGA